AUGGCAAGUGGCAAGUGGCAACUCGCAGUUCUUUGUUCCUAUAUGAAGGAGUGUCUAAUCUGGUACUGCGUAGCUCUAAAAGGAAUAAUUCCAUGGCAUCAUCCUCUAACCGUUGGCCAUCAGAAGCGUUAUAAGUAUGUACGGCAACAAGGCAGCGGGUGGGGCGAGGAGGGCGGCUGGGAGGACAGGAGCAGGGCAGCGUGGAAGUCUGGCGGCGACUUGGAGUUAGGCAACCAGGUUGACACGCAACAGCAGAAUCUUAAUCUCAACUUGGAGAGGAAAAGUAACUGA